UCAGAGUAUAUUGUUUGAAAUGGAUAAUAAUUUAACAACUUGGUGCCACAUGUAGUGGCUGAAAAUCUCUAAGAAGACACACUUGUUUAAAGAUUUGCAUUAUACCAAAAGCAACGAGAAAAUGUGAGAUACAUCGUGUACUAGUUAGACUGGUAUCUGUCGGUGUAUGGUACUUUCAGUACUUUGAUGAGAUGUGUAUGAUCGAUGAAAUAUGAGCUUAAUUGUGUGGGAGCUGCAGAAAUAUAGCUUUAUCUAAAAACAAAAAUGGAUAUUGCUUUCUUUGAUGUAUACAUGUAGGAAGAACUCGGUAUUUAACGGUACGUCGUCAUGCUUGACAAAUAUUCAUUUACCUGUGACCUGAUUUGUUCUCACGUAAGACUUGAAAACCCACAUUCAGCAGCGUCUCUUAGCUGAUCCAGUGACUUCAACGAAUAAGCAUGUCGGAUAUCAAGAAUGGAAUUCACCACCAGGAGCAGCCCGGGGCACCACCAGCAUAUAGCGCACCCAUCACAACUCAACCCGGAUUCUCUCAGCCAGCUGCUUUCCAUUCAUCCAACACCACCGUUGUUGUCCAGGCCCCUCAAGCUCCCCAAACGGUACCAACCCGUCCCAAACAACGCACGUGGAGCACAGAUAUUUUUGGAUGUUUUUCUGACAUGACGUCAUGUAUUGCUGUUACGCUCUGUCCACAUUUUUACCUAUUUUACCUGUCGCAAAAGCUGGGCGAGUCCUGCCUCCUGCCCCUCGCCAUGCCGGACUGCACCGCUCUCGUGCCUUUACGAACCAAGAUAAGAGCAGAAAAUAACAUUACUGGCAGUAUCUGUGAGGAUUGCUGUAUGGUCUGCUUGUGUUCGUGUUGUGUCAUGUGUCAGCUAUCACGUGAGCAGGAUUACAUUACAAUGAACAACCAACAAAAUUCCAGUAAACUAUAACGUGACAGUUUUUUGUGUUAAGUCACACUCGGACACUGCUGGACAUUUCGGUUUAUGUUUGUAUAUGUAUGACGUUGAUGUCAACGGCUGUGGAUGAGACCGAUGUAAUCAUUUAUAACAGACAAUGACACGCCGGACGAUAUAGUUUCGUUCCUUCAUCAUCAAAUUAGUAUCAAACCAUAAAUAUAUUUAUAUGUGAACAUGUACAACAUAUAUAUUUCCUUUGCAUAUUUAUAAGAGUAAUACAUAUUUAUAGAACUUAU